AAUAAGUUUCCUGGGCCCUUUUUAGUAACUUGGACCAAUUGACAUUGCUACUGUCAUUGCUUGUGUCCAGCAAGCUAAGGUAUAACAUUGGGUAUAAUAGCUCCUUCUAUAAAACUCCAGGUAAGUGAAACAGCAUUUCAUUUAGUUACUUUGUUCAAUAAAUGUAAUUUGAAGUUAUGUACAGUCAGAAUCCAUCCUGAUUUUGUUUUUGAAUUCAUUCUUAACCGUUACUUAAUAUGUUACACUGUUGAACUGCAGACAACUAGUUUAAGACAAUAGAAUGGCCUUGAAGUAUUUAUACUGGAUUUUGGUGCAACUUCAUUUUUGCGCGGCUGUAUCAGUGUCUGUUUUAACAUGAGCUGAAUUUUGAAAUAGCUGCCCUUUCCGACAACCUGCUACCACUGAAUUAAGUGACAAUGAAAACUGUGGCAUCAUGGGCUCAUCUGUGUCAUAUCAGACAUGGGAAUCUUCAAGUUACCACUAAGAAUUCUUAAAAAAUUUUUUUUGUUCGCUCAUUGAUAAUAGGUGCAUUAAUGCAAUGUGAUGUACUACAUUAACAAACACUUGCAAUAUUGUUGCAUGUGACAGCUUUAUUCUAAACCAUGAAGUACAUCUAACCACAUAUGUGCUAUAUAAAAAUCACCUAAUGCAAUAAAUUUUCUCUCUUUCACAGUUGAAAAUAGUGAGCACUGUGACUUCACAAUCUUACGAAACAUGUUGAUCAGAACUCACAUGCAAGAUCUGAAAGAUGUAACGAACAAUGUUCACUAUGAGAACUACAGGAGCAGAAAAUUGGCUGCAGUCACAUAUAAUGGUGUCGAUAACAAUAAAAACAAAGGACAGUUGACCAAAUUUGACACAGUUGAAGGCAUAAGCCCUCUGGCCCAGAUGGAGGAAGAACGGAGAGAGCAUGUGGCAAAGAUGAAGAAAAUGGAGAUGGAAAUGGAACAAGUCUUUGAAAUGAAAGUUAAAGAGAAGAUUCAGAAGUUGAAAGAUUCUGAAGCAGAGCUUCAGCGACGCCAUGAGCAAAUGAAGAAGAAUUUAGAGGCACAGCACAAAGAACUUGAAGAAAAACGACGCCAGUUUGAAGAUGAGAAACAGAAUUGGGAGGCUCAACAGCGCAUUCUGGAGCAACAAAAACUAGAUUCCACCAGGACCUUGGAAAAGAACAAGAAGAAAGGGAAGAUCUUUUAAAACGUUGAAGACCACCAAAUUACAAACUUGCCAAUUUGUCGGCCCUGGACUUAAUUUUUUUCUUUAUUUUGAAAGGAUUCAACUUUGCACCUAUUAUCUCUAUAAUGUUAAUGUAUUAGCAUGUGAUAUGGCCAAUCUAAUACAAUGUUUGUACAUUAAUUUCUAUUUGUAGUCUCUAGAAUAGGAAGCUAGAAAAGUAUUGAGUUAUCUAGGGUAAUGCAUGUAGAGACACAACAUCUGAAUUUUUUUUAAACAAAAAUCUGAUGCCUCCCUUUUUAUGCAGAUAAAUGUGUUACUGUCAUGCAAUCAUGUUCUGGUGGUUGAUUGUUUACAGAAUAUUGACUGUUCUUCCAUAGAUGUGGGAACUUUGAAUGAUGUUUAUAAGAAACAGUGCUAUAACUUGUUGCAGCUUUUCUCUGCUUCAGAAAUAACACAAAAACCUCAUGGCGCAGCUAUAGCAUUGUCUUGUCUUAACACAUUUUAGUUCUGGGCAGCACCAGUUUCUUUUCCACCUUUCAGUGUUCUCCUGUCCCCACAAUGUACAGAAAUGUUAUAGGGCUUGUGUGGAAACUCAGCCAUUCGCAUAAUGUAUUGUCUUAGAUUUUCGCUGUUUCCAUUAAAUAAUUAAUGUUCUCUA